CAACUCCAAAUCAACCAAAUCUAGAGCCUAAGCCUAACAACCACCCAAAGCUAUACAACUUCCUUGAGCACAUAAUUAACCAUGGCAAAGGCACAGGCAAUGGGUGCGCUCCUGACCAUCUUGGUGGUCCUAGCCACAUCGGCCGAGAUGGCACACGGCAUCUGCAACCUCUCAAGCAAUGGCAUCCGGGCCUGCCAGCCGGCGGCCGCCAUCCGCAACCCGACCGAUCAGCCCUCGGCGGUGUGCUGCGCCGCCCUGGCCGGGGCCGACCUGCCGUGCCUGUGCCGGUACAAGAACGCCGCCGGCGUGUGGGUGAGGUUCUACAGGAUCGACAUCAACCGCGCCAUGGGGCUGCCCGGCAAGUGCGGCCUCGCCAUGCCGGCCAACUGCUGACCAUGACUGGCGAUCAGAUGUGCGUAGCGUGCUGUCUACAUCGGAGCAUGCACGCACAUUGCUAGUAGUAAUUCCGUAUUAUAUAGCUACGAGAUUGAAUAAAUGAAGCACUUAAAAGACUGAUAAUGUCUGUGCUUCUCUCUCCAGGUGAUGCACUGCAACAUUUCAUAUUUGAGCUGCGAAUGAGCUCAUAUUAAUCAGUGCAGAAGAAAGUGUCAGAACUGUCUUAUGUAAUAUGUGUCUUUUGUAACUGCAAAUUAAAGUUGGGCUUAUUAAUAUGAAUACAUAUUGGCAAAUUUGGCAUGAAUA